GGGAGAGGAGAGAGAGAAACAAGCCCGGAGAUUAUAAAAGAAGGAAGAAAAGGACGAGGAGUGACUGCGUGUUUGGAAACAACAACAUCACCAUCACCCCCCAACGACAACAAACAGUAGGGUAGGAGGAGGAAACCAGCUCAGAAGAAACUUAUGGAAGAAUGAAGGAGAUGGUGGGUGGCUGCUGCGUUUGUUCCGAUGAGCGGGGCUGGGCUGAAAACCCCCUGGUGUACUGUGAUGGGCAUGGCUGUAACGUGGCGGUGCAUCAAGCGUGCUAUGGAAUUGUUCAGGUUCCCACUGGACCGUGGUUUUGUCGAAAAUGUGAAUCCCAAGAAAGAGCCGCCAGGGUGAGGUGUGAACUGUGUCCCCACAAGGAUGGAGCAUUGAAGCGGACUGAUAAUGGAGGCUGGGCCCAUGUCGUCUGCGCUCUGUACAUUCCCGAGGUGCAAUUUGCUAAUGUUCUCACCAUGGAGCCGAUCGUUCUCCAGUAUGUACCCCACGACCGGUUCAGCAAGACUUGCUACAUCUGUGAAGAGCAGGGCAGGGAGAGCAAAGCAGCCUCUGGAGCUUGCAUGACUUGCAACCGUCACGGCUGUCGGCAAGCCUUCCAUGUCACCUGUGCUCAGAUGGCUGGGCUCCUGUGUGAAGAAGAAGUCUUGGAAGUCGACAAUGUGAAAUACUGUGGCUACUGCAAGUACCACUUCAAUAAAAUGAAGACAUCGCGCCAUUCCGGAGGUGGCGCUUUCAUAGCAGGAAGGAGGAGCCGGUCGGUGUCACCUACUCAAGAGAAGCAUGUUUCCCACCACGAGAAACCAAAGAAGAGUCGGAAGGACAAGGAAAGGCCUAAACAGAAGCACAAGAAGCAUUUGGAAUCACCCACAAGUCUCACACUGUCCUCCGCUCCCAUUGUCACUGAAAAGCAGACUUCCACCAACCACCACGAGAGUAGUAAAGAAACCACAGAGGUCAUUCGGUCGGAAGUGAAAGGCAAGAAGUCUUCAAGCCAUGGCACAAGCCACAAGGCCAAGAAGUCAGGAAGUGGGAAAAGCUCGACGGGUUUUGGCACAUCCUCUUCCAGUGGGACAUUUCCACCUGCAGGUACCUCAUGCAGCUCCUUGCCCUUCUCCCAGGACUUUGUAACCUUCCCAAAGCUGGAGCAGCAGCAGCAGCAGCAGCCAGAGGAAAAAUACCGCAAGCCUGUGUCUUCCUCCUCGUCUUCCGCUCAUUGCUCCCCGUUGUACGAAGGGCAGAAAAGCGACAUCUUUGAGCAAAAGGUGAUCUUCUCGGGUUUCGGCUCCAUCAUGCGCUUCUCCACUUCAGCCGUCAGCCAGCAGAGGGGGAACGACGCUUCCCCCGUGGACUACAAGGUCUCCAACUCUAUUGGGGGCACCUCUGGUGGAGGCGGCAGUGGUGGCAGCCACAAACGGAUGCCGUCCCUCAAUGUUGAGGAAGGAGAAGUCCUGAAGGAAAAAAAGCACAAGGCCAGCAAGAAGAGCAAACAUGGGCCAGGGAGGCCCAAAGGGAGCAAGAACAAGGAAGUCCCGGGCGCCCAGCUGGUUGGGUCCACGGCUACGUCUUCUUCGCCCUUCUCCGGAGGGUCCCUGGUCAGCUCCAGCAUCGGAGGGUCCUCUCGGUCUUUCAGCCAUGCAGCUGCGCUUCCGAGCCUCAGUAUGGAAUCUCCACUUCUGGGAUCAGGGAUCUAUACAAGUAACAAAGAUCCGAUUUCGCACGGAGGCGGGGUGCUCCGGACAGUGUGUAGCACUCCUCUCUCCUCCAGCCUCCUGGCUCAUCAAGGCACUUCGUCGCUUCCCCAGCUCACCCGCUCUCCCUUCGCUAGCACCAUCCCAACCGCCUCUUCUUCCUCCGUCUCCACAACCCAGGUGUUCUCACUGGCGGGAUCUACGUUCAGUCUCCCUUCCUCGCAUUUUGGAAGCCCCCUUACUUCUGGGCUGUCGGUCAAUCCUCUGCUGAACCAAGCUGAAAGCAACCGGACAGAAGCAGAUUUGGAAGACUGUAAUUUUGUCUGCCGAGGAUCAUCACCACAAGAAAGUCUUUCUUCCAUGUCCCCCAUCAGCAGCCUCCCCACUCUCUUUGACCAGACAGUAUCAACGAGCAGCGGGCAGCUGGAAAACGUUCCCCAGGCUACACCAAACAUUGAGCAGCUCCUGGAGAAACAGGGCAAUGGAGAAGCCGGUGUUAACAUUGUAGAAAUGCUCAAGGCCCUUCAUUCGCUGCAGAAAGAGAACCGGCUCCAGGAGCAGAUCAUGACUUUAGCGGCUAAGAAGGAGCGCCUGCAGCUUCUCAACGUCCAGCUCUCUGUCCCCUUCCCGGUCGUCACCACCAGCCACGGCCCUGCAGGCCAGGCCCAGUACAUCCUGGCCUCCAAUGCGUGCAACAGCGACCCGUUGAGUAUCAGCAAGAGCCCUCCUUGCAAGAACAGCUUUGGCAUCGAAAACUCUCUCUCCACUUCCUCCGAGGAUCCUCACUCCGGCUGCCCCAGCAGAAGCAGCUCCUCCCUCUCCUUCCACAGCACGCCCCCGCUGCCCUUGCUGCAGCAGAGCCCUGCCUCCCUCCCAAUGACGACUGGGGUGCAACAGCCGCCGCCAGUGAAUGGCUUGGCCAGGGCAAUGGGGACUGUCCACGGGGGAGGCACCCCUGCCAAUCACAGCCUGGUGGACGGUCUGCUCGGGAGCCUGGCGGGAGGGCAGCAGGUACCCAUCAACGGCAUCCUGGGAGGUCUGAAUGGAGCAGUGGCCACCCAGGCCCAGAAUCCCCUCUUGGCGCAAAGCAGUGGGCCCCCAAACCUGCAGCUCUCUAGCAGCCAAAGCAGCAUGGCUAGCACAAGCCACCUGACUGAGCAGCAGCAGCAGCUGCUCAGCCAGCAUGAGCUCCAGCUCCAGCAACUGCAGCAGCUCCUGACUUCGCAGCCACUCAACCCGGAGCAGCAGGCUUUGGUAUUCCAGAUGAUUCAACAAAUUCAGCAGAAGAGGGAGCUGCAGCGGCUCCAGAUGGCCAGCUCCUCCCAGCUGUCCAUGACUGGCCUCGGGCCGGCUACCUCCACAUCCCUCCUCCACUCCAAUGCCCCUGCAGCUUCAGUUGCCAACAGCAACCUCCUGGCCUCCAUUUCCCCUCAGCAGCUUAAUCCGGGAAGUUCCUUGAUGGCUUCCCCAUCACUCAGCACCAGUGGGAACAGCCUGAUGUCAGCUGCAGCAGGGGUAACUAUCCCACCUGUCCUCACUGCACAAACCAACCCUUUCCUCAACCUGCAAGGUGACAACAGCAGCCAGAAAGGAAUGGGCAUGAACGAAAAGGGAGGUGCUCCAGUUCAGGACAAAGGUUAACUUGGGUGAUACCGGGCUGCUCUCUGCUAUAGGAAAGCAAUCUGUGCCUGAGCCACAGAUCCCGAGACGUAGAGCAA